AUGGCGAAGCUUUCGCAGGUGCUGUUGGCGGGCCUCGCCGCCUGGGCGGUGAUCGUCCUGCUGCUGUGCGCCGCCGCCGCGCCGCGGGGAGCCGACGCGGCGACGGCGUGCGACGCCACGCAGCUGACCCCGUGCGCGGGCGCCAUCAUCGGCAACUCGCCGCCCACCGCGGCGUGCUGCAGCAGGCUCAAGGAGCAGCAGCCGUGCCUGUGCACGUACGCGCGCGACCCCAACCUGCGGCGCUACGUCAACUCGCCCAACGGCAAGAAUGCCUUGGCCGCCUGCAAGGUGCCCGUGCCGUCGUGCUAA